GACUGGCAGGCAUGGCGCAGUACAAGGGCACCAUGCGGGAGGCCGGCCGGGCCAUGCAUCUGAUCAAGAAGCGCGAGAAGCAGAAGGAGCAGAUGGAGGUGCUGAAGCAGCGCAUUGCCGAGGAGACCAUCAUUAAGUCCCAAGUGGACAAGAAGUUCUCUGCUCACUACGACGCCGUGGAGGCCGAGCUGAAGUCCAGCACAGUGGGCCUGGUGACCCUGAAUGAUAUGAAGGCCAAGCAGGAGGCCCUUCUGAGGGAGCGGGAGAUGCAGCUGGCCAAGAGGGAGCAGCUGGAGGAGCGCCGGCUGCAGCUGGAGAUGCUGCGCGAGAAGGAGUGCAGGCGCGAGCGCAAGCGCAAGAUUUCCAACCUUUCCUUCACGCUGGAUGACGGCGAUGGCUAUGAGGACGACGAGGGUGGCACGGCUGAGGCCAGCAAGAGCAAGAACCUGGGCAAGAAUCCCGACGUGGACACGAGCUUCCUGCCCGACCGCGACCGUGAGGAGGAGGAAAACCGGCUGCGGGAGGAGCUGCGCAAGGAGUGGGAGGCCAAGCGCGAGAAGGUGAAGAGCGAGGAGAUGGAGAUCACCUUCAGCUACUGGGAUGGCUCGGGUCACCGGCGCACCGUGCGCAUGAGUAAGGGCAGCACGGUGCAGCAGUUCCUGAAGAAGGCUCUGCAGGGGCUGCGCAAGGACUUCCGCGAGCUGCGCGCGGCCGGCGUGGAGCAGCUCAUGUACAUCAAGGAGGACCUCAUCCUGCCCCACUACCACACCUUCUACCACUUCAUCGUCACCAAGGCCAGGGGCAAAAGCGGGCCGCUCUUCAACUUCGACGUGCACGACGACGUGCGGCUGCUCAGCGAUGCCACCUUGGAGAAGGAUGAGUCGCACGCAGGCAAGGUGGUGCUGCGAAGCUGGUACGAGAAGAACAAGCACAUCUUUCCCGCCAGCCGUUGGGAGCCCUACGACCCCGAGAAGAAGUGGGAUAAGUACACCAUCCGGUGA